AUGAAGUACACCUACAUCCUCCCGCUCAUCGCCGCCACCCUAGUCGCCUCUUCAGUCCUACCAAGCAGAGACCUGAGUACCCAAAGACAAUUAAAAAAGUGCAAAACCUUCCAAAUCUUCAGAGACCCGGACGCCAUCACCGGCGGCAGCCCCAAUUUCGUAGGCACACCGCAAUGCUGCUGCCAAAACGAGCAGUGCCACGUCAUCGACCGCGUCAACGGGAUCAACACCUCGGCGAACUUGAACAAUUUCCUCGCGGGGACUUUCACUAUAGAGGAUGCUCGCGGUCAAGCUAAGGGGACACCUGGAUCGAAUGAUAUCCGGGGGGCUACGUAUACUGUUGGAGCGCAGGGUGGCUGA